AUGAGAAUUUAUUUUUUCAUUCUUUUAGGUAUCGUUUUAUCUCAAUCUACUCUCCUAGAGUGUAGAAGUGAGUGACUGAAAAUUAUUCAAGCUGCUGGAGGGAUUCUUGAUCCUUCUCCUUCCAACUAUUCUAAAAUGUUUAUGUACACUGGCUUCAAUGUCAAUAAUUUAGGUCAAUAUGACCCUUGUUUAGAACUAGACAGCUCUAAGUAUGCAAUUAUCCAGUUUAAUCCAUCGCCACCAAUAGUGGUAGGACUAUGCGGACCUAAAGAAUGCUCAAAAUAUGACUAUUUGCAUAUCUUCGCCAAUCUUACAUCAUCAGAUACUAAAAAUGACGACAUUUUCGAAAAAUCUUUUGGUGACGUCAUCCAGGCAACAGCCACAAGCAAUAUCGAGGUGAUAUUUCCUAAAGAGUACAUAGACCAUCACUUUAAAGAAUACACUGCCGGAGCAAUAAUUAUGCUAAUUAUUGUUUCAAUAAUUAUUUUGAUCGCCAUUAUUGGAACAUGAAUAGACUAUUGGCUCAUGUCGAAAACUGAAGAGGCUAAAAAAGAAUCAGGUAAGCCUCCAAAAGUAACUUUACUUAUGAAAUAUUUCCUUUGUUUUUCUGUUAUUACUAACUUAAAAAAACUUUUUACGAGCCGCAGCCAAGAAAAGUUAGGUAAAAAGGACACACUGGAAAUCUUAUACCAGCUUAGGGUGAAUUUUAUAUUAAUAUUAAUAGGCAGGAUUUAUUAUAUUAAGCUUAUAUUAAUAAAAAAUGAUAUAAAUCCUGUAAGAGUUUUAUCAAUUGGAUGGGUAGUUUUCGGGCAUAAUGGCAUGAUUUUAGUGACUUCAACAGUCUUGGUUAACGUCAAUAAAAUUGUUGAUAUUAUGAAAUCACCUAAAAUGAUUAUCACAAUUGCAGGUACUUUAUCAGUUGAUUCUUUUUUCUGUAUUUCUGGAGUCCUAAUUGGCUAUCUACUACUUUUAGAAAUAAAUAGUGGAAGAAGAAUGAACUGGCCUAUGCUUUAUAUUCACAGAGUUUUAAGGAUUUGGCCUCUUAUGCUUUUUGUUUUAUUCUUUUUCUGGGCCUUACAAAGGCAUAUGGGGAAUGGCCCGAUGUGGUAUAAUGGUGACUUAUAUAAUUCCCAAUGCAAAGAUUAUUGGUGGUCAAAUCUUUUGUUUAUAAAUAAUUUUAUACCUGAUUGGAAAGGCAGUGGCUGCUUACACCUCCUUAAAAUAGAGCAAAAUACAAGUAAAUUCCUAUUUUUUGGGAGCUUUAACUCCUAUAUGAAAAUUUAUAGCUUAAAAUACUAAUUUUUUAUAAAUAAUUUUAGCCUAAUUUAAAGGAGAAGUGCAAGUUGAAUGUUAUUUAAAAGUUUUGACACUAAAUCGAUUAAUUUUUUUAAUUAAUUCUUCAUAAAUAUAAAUUAAAAUUUGCAGUAUUGUGCUUUUUUAAAAUAAAAUACUAAUUUUUAUAAAUUAGUUUUGAGCUAAUUCAAUGGAAAAAUUGCAAGAAAAUAUUAUUUAAACAGUUUUCAAUAAAAACAAUGAAAAAAUUCAAAUAUUUUAAUCAAUUUAUAUUUUUUAUAGAGCAAAAUUUAAUAUAGUUUUUUCUUGACCCCAAAAAUUGAAUCAGGAUUUUUUUGUUCCAAUUUAAAGGGGAGUUAGGCCAAGGGUGGUAUUUAGCUAAUGACAUGCAGUUUUACAUUAUAACUCCACCCAUAAUAUAUUUAUAUCAUAGAUACCACAAAUGGAUAGGCUGGGGAAUUUUGAUGUCUUCAGUUGGAUUUACUGUUAUCAUGUCAGGAAUUGUCGCUCAUCAUUUUUCAUUGAAUACUGUCGUUUUUGCUGCAGUUAAUGGGACUAAUUAUAUGGAUUUUUACUAUACAAAACCAUAUUGUCGAAUUGGAGCCUAUGCAAUCGGAAUUUUGGCAGGUUUUAUUGUAUACUCAUAUAGGCUUUACAAAGAAAAAGGUAUCGUAUAUGACCCUAUCUGUGUUUGGAUAGGCAAAAAAUUGGAAAAUAAAUACGUAAGAUACACUAUUGGGUUGAUUGGGCUAGCACUUAUAAACUUUGUGAUAUUUAUUCAAUAUGAUACUAUGAAAAAUCCUGGAGGUUUUGCAUUAACUUAUCCUAACUGGACUCAUGACGAAAAUGUGGUAUUUAUUGCUUUUCAUAGGAUGAUUUGAACAUUUGCAUUGAUGUUUGUGCUUCUGCCAGGCCUUUUAGGCCAUUUUUCAUGGAUGUCUUGGAUUUUAUCAUUAGAUAUUUGGACUCCAUUUUCUAGGCUGACCUAUUGUGUAUUUUUACUACAGUCAAAUCUGAUAGAAAUAUUUUAUAGAUGCCAAAGGUCUGCAUUGUGGUUUGACGAGUUUCUUUAUCUUAGAGACUCAACUUGGUUCUUUUUCUUUUGCUAUUUGUGUGCGAUUCCUUUUGUGGUCUUAGUGGAGAUGCCUGCUCUGCAAGUGGAGAAAUUGGCAUUUAUGUCACUAAGAUCAAAACCACCGACUGAUGAAAAAGCUAGGUCAUUGCUGAUGGUAUCGAUGGAUAAAGAGACAAAGGAGUCAUCAUAA